AUGCGCAUCAUCAAGGUCACCUUCUGUCUCAUGGCUCUUCUCGCGGCCACCGCCAUUGCUGGCCGCGACAAGCCAGAACCCAAGCCCAAGCCUUCCUACAACGACUGCGACAUCAAACUUACAAAGUGUGCCGAAGACUGCGAGAAGGAGUGGAAAGACCCCGUCGCGUACGCUGCUUGCGCUCAGCAUGCUUGCGCCUGCGCGGUCGGAAAGGAAGAGUUCUGUAGUGGAAAGUCUGGUAUCGGUGGCCCUGGGAAUCUUUGCUUCUCCUAG